AUGGAGAUAAAAGACUUUUGUUUCGCAUCCGAUGCUCCUCCUUUAUCUGUCAUCGCAGCCGCCAAGAUUGCGUCUCUCUCUCUUUCUCCUCCCACUGUUACUAAUGCUGCUGCUGAUUCUGCUUCCCUUCCUGUUUUUGUCUUCUCCAAUGGGCUGAAAUUGCAAGGAACCUAUGUGCUUCUUCGCUACAUUGGUCGUGUCGCCAAUCUUUACGGCCAGGACCCGUUUGAAUCUAGCCAGAUUGAUCAGUGGCUAGAAUUUGCUCCUAUCCUAUCCGUAGGCUCUGAAUUCGAGAAUGCCUGCAACUAUAUCAACAAUUAUCUGCAAAAUCGUACUUUCCUUGUGGGUCACUGUUUGUCUAUUGCAGACAUUGCAAUUUGGUCUGGUCUUGCAGGAACUGGGCUGAGAUGGGAAAGUUGCAGGAAGUCCAAGAAGUUCCCAAACGUUGUACGCUGGUUCAAUUCAAUUUUUGAUGAAUAUAGUGAUGCUUUGAAUGAAGUCAUAUCAACAUAUGUUGGCAAAAAGGGCUCAGGAAAGCCUGCAGGAGCUAAACCAAAAGGCCAACAGGUUGUCAGUGGGGAUAACCCAGAAAAGGGAAAAGCAAGCAGCAAGCCCUCAUCUGAAAUAGAUCUUCCUGAUGCUGAAAUUGGAAAGGUGUGCCUGCGAUUUGCUCCUGAACCUAGUGGCUAUCUUCAUAUGGGGCACUCAAAAGCAGCUCUACUAAACCAGUAUUUUGCUCAACGUUACCAAGGCCAAAUGAUAAUUCGCUUUGAUGAUACAAAUCCAGCGAAGGAAAGCAAUGAAUUUGUAGACAAUCUUCUAAAAGAUAUUGAGACAUUGGGUAUCAAAUAUGAAACUGUCACACAUACAUCUGAUUACUUCCCCCAGUUGAUGGAAAUGGCUGAAAAUUUGAUCCGCCAGGGUAAAGCCUAUGUUGAUGAUACACCACGUGAGCAAAUGCAGAAAGAAAGAAUGGACGGCAUUGAAUCAAAAUGUAGGAGCAACAGUGUAGAGGAGAAUCUGAAAUUGUGGAAGGAAAUGAUUGCAGGAUCAGGGAGAGGAGUGCAGUGCUGUGUCCGUGGGAAGUUAGACAUGCAAGACCCAAACAAGUCUCUUCGAGAUCCAGUGUACUAUCGUUGCAAUCCUGUUCCUCACCAUCGGAUUGGCUCCAAAUACAAGAUAUAUCCAACAUAUGAUUUUGCUUGUCCAUUUGUUGAUUCUCUUGAAGGUAUAACUCAUGCACUCCGAUCGAGUGAGUACCAUGAUCGAAAUGCUCAAUAUGACAGGAUUCAAGCAGAUAUGGGACUGCGAAAAGUUCACAUUUAUGAAUUUAGCCGGUUGAAUAUGGUAUACACAAUUCUCAGCAAACGUCAUCUUCGUUGGUUUGUUGAAAAUGGAAAGGUUGAUGGAUGGGAUGAUGCUCGAUUUCCAACUGUCCAAGGAAUUGUUCGGAGAGGUUUGAAAAUCGAGGCAUUGGUGCAAUUCAUUCUUGAACAGGGGGCGUCAAAAAAUCUUAAUCUCAUGGAAUGGGACAAACUCUGGACAAUUAAUAAGAAGAUUAUUGAUCCUGUGUGUCCGAGGCACACUGCUGUCAUUGAAGAACAAAGGGUGCAAUUGACCUUGACCAAUGGUCCUGAUCAAUCAUUUGUUCGAAUCAUUCCAAGGCACAAGAAACAUGAGGGUGCUGGAGAGAAGGCCACAACAUAUACUAAUAGGAUAUGGAUAGACCAUGCAGAUGCAGAGUUCAUCUCUGUAAAUGAGGAAAUAACCUUGAUGGAUUGGGGAAAUGCCAUAGUGAAGGAAAUUGAGAAGGACCAGGAUGGAAAGGUCACACAGUUGAGUGGGGUUUUGCAUCUCGAAGGAUCUGUCAAGACCACAAAAUUGAAGCUCACCUGGCUACCAGAUACAAAUGAAUUAGUUAACCUCACUCUGGUGGACUUUGACUAUCUAAUCACAAAGAAAAAGUUGGAGGAAGGAGAAAGUUUCCUUGAUGUGCUUAACCCAUGUACCAAGAGGGAGACUGCAGCUCUUGGGGAUUCAAACAUGCGAAAUUUGAAGCGUGGAGAGAUAUUGCAGCUGGAGAGGAAGGGCUACUUUAGAUGUGAUGUUCCUUUUGUCAGACCUUCAAAGCCUGUAGUUCUGUUUGCAAUUCCAGAUGGCCGACAAGCAACGUCAUUGAGGUAG